UCGGGAUUUACUGCCCAGCCGCUGACUAAGUUGCAUUCCUUGAAUCUUCGCAGAAAAGACAAUUCUUUAAUCAGAGUUAGUAAUGUGGACAGUACAAAAUCGAGAGAGUUUGGGGCUUCUCUCUUUCCCAGUGAUGAUUGCCAUGGUCUGUUGUGCACACAGCGCCAAUGAACCCAGCAACAUGUCAUACGUGAAAGAGACAGUGGACAGAUUGCUCAAAGGAUAUGACAUUCGUUUGAGGCCGGACUUUGGAGGGCCCCCCGUGGACGUCGGGAUGCGGAUCGAUGUCGCCAGCAUAGAUAUGGUCUCCGAAGUGAACAUGGAUUACACCCUCACCAUGUAUUUCCAGCAGUCUUGGAAAGACAAAAGACUUUCUUAUUCUGGAAUCCCACUAAACCUCACCCUAGACAACAGAGUAGCUGACCAACUCUGGGUACCAGACACCUACUUUCUGAAUGACAAGAAAUCAUUUGUGCACGGGGUCACAGUGAAAAAUCGAAUGAUCCGACUGCAUCCUGAUGGAACAGUUCUCUAUGGACUCAGGAUCACAACCACAGCUGCGUGUAUGAUGGAUCUUCGAAGAUAUCCUCUAGAUGAACAGAACUGCACCCUGGAGAUAGAAAGUUAUGGCUACACCACUGAUGACAUUGAGUUUUACUGGAACGGAGGAGAGAAAGCAGUAACUGGAGUUAAUAAAAUUGAGCUCCCUCAGUUUUCAAUUGUUGACUACAAGAUGGUGUCCAAAAAAGUGGAGUUCACGACAGGAGCAUAUCCACGACUGUCAUUAAGUUUUCGUCUAAAGAGAAACAUCGGUUACUUCAUUUUGCAAACCUACAUGCCUUCUACACUGAUUACAAUUCUAUCCUGGGUGUCAUUUUGGAUCAAUUACGAUGCGUCUGCAGCCAGAGUCGCACUAGGAAUCACCACAGUGCUGACAAUGACAACCAUCAGCACUCACCUCAGGGAGACCCUGCCAAAGAUCCCUUAUGUCAAAGCAAUUGACAUUUAUCUGAUGGGCUGCUUUGUGUUUGUGUUCCUGGCUCUGCUGGAAUAUGCCUUUGUAAAUUACAUCUUUUUUGGUAAGGGCCCUCAGAAAAAGGGAGCAAGCAAACAAGAUCAAAGUGCCAAUGAGAAGAACAAACUGGAGAUGAAUAAAGUCCAGGUUGACGCCCACGGCAACAUUCUCCUCAGCACGCUGGAAAUCAGGAACGAGACCAGCGGCUCCGAGGUGCUCACGGGUGUGAGCGACCCCAAGACCACCAUGUACUCCUACGACAGCGCCAGCAUCCAGUACCGCAAGCCCAUGAGCAGCCGCGAGGGCUACGGGCGCGCCCUGGACCGGCACGGGGUGCCCAGCAAGGGGCGCAUCCGCCGGCGCGCCUCCCAGCUCAAAGUCAAAAUCCCCGACUUGACUGACGUGAAUUCCAUAGACAAGUGGUCCCGAAUGUUCUUCCCUAUCACCUUUUCUCUUUUUAACGUCGUUUAUUGGCUUUACUACGUACACUAAGGUCUGUCUUAACGGUUCGAGUUAGACGACUUUCCUCUCUUGUUUGUAACCCCGCAGGUCCCCGACAGCGACACUGCUGUGUCUUUUGAGGUAAGAGAUGCAGCCAUCCAAUUGAUUUUAGGUCUUGCGUACUGACUUUAUUACUGCACCAUGUUUACUUCAAGAAAAACAAAACAAAACAAUACCAACAACUUUUUUUUCCAGUCUACCGUGGUCCAGGUUAUCAGCUCUUGGAAGAGCUCUUUUAAUUGCCAUGUUUACAAACACAAAGAGAGAAUUUAGGUAAAUCUUUAGCAGUGUUUCCUAUUUGCCCUGGAUUUUAUUGAUUUGUUUUUUAAAUGAAAACAAAAGGAGGACCUUGCUGUUUCUCUGUACUUCUUCCUGGUAAACUGCAACAAUCUCAUGUUGCCAAAGCAACAAAAUCAAAACAAACAAAAAACCCCACCGCAGUCACAGUUUCCAGGAUCUCAGAAGAAACAACAAAAGCCAUUGAUAUUUACAGAUUUCCAGGAAGAGGAGAAAACCAAAGGGGGCUCCCUACAAAAGUAAGGAGAGUUUCCUUCCUUCUUAAAUUCCCCAGGGCCCCUUGUAGAAAGGCUCCUGAGCUCCAUGGAGGAGGAGGGAGGAUUUGCAAGGGUUGGUCAUAGCUGCUUACCCUCAACCUGCCAUCUUCCCCUCACCAGAAGGCUGGAUUUCCUUAAAAAUGCCUCUUUCUCAGAAGUCCCCACAGAUGUACAAGGAACAUUAGAAUCCAGCCUAGUAAAACUGGUAGCCAUUGAGAACAUUUUUCUCUUCUUGAGAAUAAAGGGUUGGGGUGGAGGGGUGGCAACACUUUCUUACUGAAAAUUUCCAAAGAGCAGCCCUGAAUUUGCCUCAUGAGUCCAGAAUCCUCUAAGGUUAUGCUAUGACAGUUCCACAGUUCCUUCUCCAGAGAGAUAAAGGAUAUGGGGGAUAAGAUGGUGAGGGCUUUGACGGAGGGGAUAGAAAGUAAUUUUUGCCUAAGAAAAAAAAUUGCCCUUUCUGAAAGGAAGGCAAGAUGUAUGUUCUGUGAAAGGGUGCCUGAGCAGAUACCUGAACUGCCAAAUCUUAAAUGAAGUAGUAUAUACUUCUUAGCCUUCCAGAGAGCAGUAUCUAAUGAUGACAGGCUCAUCACACAAGGCCUCAGCUGACACAUUACGGCUCUGCUGUCUGAGCCCUGAAUUCCCAGCUAUGGAAUGAAUACUUGGGGUAAUGUACAUUCACUCAUAUGGGUAUUUUUCUCCUCCAAAGCUAGAAAGCUUUUGAGGUGGUAAAACCAGAUAAAAACAACAGCAAUGACAAAAGCAUUUGGUUUUCAAAGAUGUGCACCGUCCCUAAAAGUGUAGACCCUGUCUAUACUCAUAAUCACUGUCUCUCUUGCUCUGCCUUAUCUCUGGUCAUAUAUUACUCUGGGUCAUGGUCCUCAUGACCUUCAAACACGUCUUCUAAACACGUCUAACCAGCCAUUUCUAAACAUGUCUAACCAUGUUUAGUUGAGAUUUUUUAUGUCAUUUAAACUUCAUUUUUUUUUUCAGUUUAAGUACCUAAAAAUUCUGUAUAUUCAUUUGCAAGGUUGAGUGAAACCCUACAUUAACCAACCAGUGAGAGAGGUGAUUUGGCACCUGAUCCAUGGAUGUGAGAAAAGGUUGAGGUAAUAAUAGGGAAAAUGAUCUCAUUUGAUGAGCUGACUUUCUCCCUAAAACUAUGGGGAUGAUUUAUGUGUAGAAUAGCAUAAGAUGCUAGAAAUUAUUGUCAUAUUUGGAAAGAUAAGGCAGAAUUCCUACUGAUGAGCCCAGAGAAAGAGAGUUAUAGAAUUUUCUUUUGUAAAGCAAGAGGAAAGGGGAACUUCCAAAUAAAUGAAUGAGGUAUGGCUGAAGAUAAUAUACAUUAGUAAGAAUAUAAAACCUCUACCUUAAUGAGAAAAAAUGAUCUCAAUGGUUUUACGAGGAAUUAGUAGUGUUAUGGGGACCAAAUUUUUAUUAAAGUUUUUAGUUGUGUGAAUACACUUCCCUGGUCAAACUAAUCCCCAGCCUGAAAUUCAUUUCAGUUCUUUGGCAGGGUAAGAUGAUUUGCCAUUGUAAAAUGCCCAAAUCGGGUAGAUGUGGCCUUGCCAGUGACUGUAAGGUUAAUACUCUUAAUGACCACCCGGGAACCACUGUGUAGCCAUUUAUUUUAAACACAGGAAGAAAAAAUUCUGGCUGGUGCCUAAUAGGAAUGAAUAAUUCUGAUGUCAAAGCUUUUAAGGAUGAAAUGCUAAAUCAGAAAGCAAGUGCCCAUAAUCUAUAUCCCUUAACAAAACAACCUCUCUUUAUUUAUCUGCUCAGAUCAUUCUUCUUGGAAAAGAUUGAGGUAACUUGUAUUUUCUUUAUUAUCUCUAUCUUACCUUUUAAAAUAUGAAGUAAUUUUUCCUGUAGUUGUAUGUGUAAAACAUCUUCUGAAAAUAGAAAAAGAGAGAAUAUUUUGAGCUCUUAUAUUUUAAACUUAGUAACAUUACAACUGAAUCUAUCCAUUGGACACAAAGUGGUGUCCUCAUCCAGGCACUUCAGAGAUCACAGCCACUAUUAUGUAUAUUUUAUCAAAGAGCUCUGAUUUUAGAGGCAAUGGCAGCCAGAUGAACAAGACAUUGCCAUGUUUAUAGUUAAUGACCUCUGUUCCCACUCUCUUGCUUUGCACUCUUUCCAGACCAAUCCUUCCCUCCUUGGCUUUCCUCUUGGCUAAAUUCUCCUCUUCUAAACUGAACAAAACAUGGGGAAAAAAAAUCCUGCCUUCUCUGGCUGUCUCCCUUGUUUUGCCCCAAAUGAUGUACAUAAAAGUUGUGGAACAUUCUUAAAUGCCCUCAUAUUGGCCCCAUGCUUGAAAAAUCCCCAUUAUUACAUUAUACAAAGGUUACUGUUUAAUUCCUCUUGGAUUGUUUUCUUUCUGCCAUAAAAAUAGCCAUAAUACUCUGUAUUACUUAAGUGGCAGAAGAGGUUGAAAAUUGCACACCUUCACUCUCUUAUGCCACAGUCAAGUCCAGGGAACCCUAUGCUCACAGUUCAACAACUGUGACACCAACUGUGUAGAUGUAAUAUGUGCAAAUGCAACAGAAAUCCCAUCUUCCGCUUAACAACGAUGACUACACGUGCAUUCCUUCUUUCCGUGUCCCUCGGCUUAAAAUUCACAGAGAUGACAUAUAUGUCAUGCUUACCGACUUUGUGAAUCAAAGACCCAGGUAAAGGCUUAUUUUUGCCUGAAUUACCCAGAAUUAUUGCCUCCAUCCUCUCCACCGCCAAAAAAAAAAAAAAAAAAAAAAAAAAGCAGCCUGGUUGGUACUUCUGCCUGCUGAAGGACUUGUGUUUCCAUAUGUGCUGUUUUCACUGUGCAUUACAGUCAAAUGAAAGAUCUUGAAAAUGCAAACAGAAAAAUAUGGUGCAGAGCUUAAAUGUGGUUUAAGAGUCCAAGAAUAGGCUUUCCUUUUUAAAAAUAUUAUGCACAAUACAUAGAAGUAUAGACUAAAUUUCAUCUUUCUAAAAAUCCAUGACUAUUUUAUAAAUAUUCAUUUAGAAAAGUUCAAUUAUGAUCCACCAAGUUAAACAACAAAUAAACGAUGUGUAAUGCUUCUGAAAGGAAGUGAUCGCCAAAAUUUCUAUGGACAAUUUUGAGUAGUAUCUUACUAAAUGGUGAUGUGCCACCAUUUCCUAAAUAAAGUAUAAUUGUAUAUCCCGAAAGGGAGGCAAAAGGAAAAUGCAAGCAUUAACUCAAACUAGUUCAAAUCAUCAGGUUAUUGGGAUGAAGAAAACAAUAAAAUAAACAAAAGUAUGUUUCCUGAAAGCAAGCAGAAAACCAAAAGCAAAAUGUGUUAAUGGAAAUGGAAUGUAGACUAUUAUGUAAACUUUCCUUGUAAAUUCUGUACAUAGUUCAUCGAACUGUUCCCUGUGGCGUGGUGGUCCUCAGCUUUGGGUGGAUGUUUGAAAAAUCUGAGCACUGUAAAUAAUGUAAGCUUAUAAAGCAUUUGCUUUUUAUUCACAAAGUGAAAUGAUUAGUGAUUUGGGCCCAAACCAGAACCUUUUUGGCUCUUGCUCUUUUACUGCUGUUGUGUAUGUGCAGUUGUGUAAUCCUGCUGUAAGCCAUAGCCAGGUGUCUGUGAUCACUGCCUCAUGCUCCUACGCCACUGUAAGGGACAGCAGCUGCCAGGAGGCCACCAGCCUACAGGACCCAGGAACAGUACUCCAGCAGAAAUGGGAACUGGGCCCAACUGCUCCUUGAACCAUGUUGUGAAAAGUAGCUGUGUUCUUAUCAGUCACUUGUGGCUGUUCCUUUCUUCAGAUACUGAAUUAUCCAUGCCAUUGAGGGGUCAGGAAUGCAAGAGAUGAAAUGGAAGAGAUUCUUAAAAUUCACAGGUGAUCCAAAGCUUCAUUGUACCAGUACCUUUAGCUUCUAACUUCUUCUCUUCUAUCAUGUUCCCCUGAACUUUUUAAUAAGAAUAAAAAUGAAUAGAAGGGUUGAUCUGAUUAAGAGAAAAAGGCAAAGCACAAUAUAGUAAAUGGCCUUAUAACACUAACUGGCUGAUUGAUUCCCAAAAUACCCAAAGGUAACCAUGCUAUUAAUGUUAAACAUAAAGAAAAAUACAGUAUUGGUAUAAGCUGACUAGUAGUUAAAAAUGACAAGGUCUUUUCAGCUGGGGACAAGGAUAUAUGUGACGUGCUACUUAAGCUUAUUAAAGAGUCUAAUAAUUUAAUGUUCAGAAAUGUCUUUUUCCCUAGUAUUGAUAUUCCUGAAAAAACCUACAGAAUGUGGGAUAUUGUGCCAUAAGAUGUGUUUCCAUGAAAAUUGGCAGUCCCAGAGAGGGUGAUGAUACCUACAGAAAUUGAGAAUAUCUGAGAAUUUGGAACAUCAACUAGUUUGUCAGUAUUGUGUUAAAAAAAAAAAGUCUUUGCUCAGUGUAAGUAUUAGCAAGACAGGAAUUAUGCCAACAUUUUAAUCCUAGGAGUGUAUACACAAGGAACCAUUAUUGUUCCAAAAUGUACCCAUAGGGUCCAAUAUCAAUUGAAUUUUUUAAUGCCUUGAAGCAAUGAGAUCAGUCAGUUUCUAGUUCCAGAAUAUAUUGCACUUUCAUUUUAAACAAAAAUGUUUUAGACAAUUGAAAUCAUCUAAACUUAUAGAAAACCUAAUUGCUGAAGGCUACAAUUACAUAAGCAAGCAUUUGAAAGAAAUUAUUUUCAAUAAAAGAAUUGCAAACCAGAAAACAUCAAGCUCUUAAAAAGGUAAAAAUGAAGACUUUUGUGGUUUUUAAACUGUUUUAUAGCAAGAGGAGGUCUAACAGUUGUUUGUUUGGGUUUGUUAUUUUUGUUCUUUUUUGCGGAAUUACAAAAACUCAUUGGUAUGUCAAGGGCCUCAACCACACCUAAUUAUCCUCUAGAUCCCUUGCAUAUCCUGGACUCACCACAAAAACUAAAGCAGAAUCAAUACAGGAAAACAAGGUGUAUUUCUGAACCACUUGGGAAAGAAAAGCAUUCUCUUGCACACUCUAUUUGCACUUCCUGUCCUACAGACAAUCAAAAAAGAAAUCAAUAAAAGAGAGAGAAAAUGACAUUAUUCAUUCGCCUUAGGAAUACAGGGUCACAGAUUCAGUGUCUUAAAACAGCCCCAUUCAAAAGCCACAGUGUGAACUAAAGCAACCAGCUUUGCGGCCUGGCCCUUGCUUCUUCCUCAGUUUCCUUUGAAGAGAAAAGGGGAAGAGGAGACAUUCCCAAUGUAAUUUUUAUAAAUACAAGUUCUUAAACUCUGAUAUGUAUGUGUAUGUAUUUGCAAGUUGGGUUUGUGUAAAAUAUAUUCUGUCUUCUGUUCUCGUUUCUCCCAUACUGUAUACCGUCCUGCCUCAUGUUAACCCAAUAUGACUGCUUCAUUUUUCCUCUUCCAUUUCCAAACUCAAAAGUUAUCUUGCCCAUGGACAGCUGAAUGCUUUGGCUUCUGACACACCUAUUGUGUAUCCUUAGUUUAAUUUACAAAAACGAUGAAUUCUAGCAAUUUUUCUAAUUCCUACUCAUAAAACCUUUCGAAGGUCAUCAGAGGGAAGUUGUGUAGUUAGCAGAUUCCACUGAACUGCCUUGGGUGAUUUUUAUUUUCUGCUUCUCUGUUCCUUAUGUAAAAAGCACAUGUUUACAUAAACCUUCUCUCGCCUCAAAAUACAGUGAAGAUACAAAUCAUCAGGUCAACCUGUGAAAAUUUACAUUAUUUAACCAGAGUGUGGAAACAAGGUCAUCUUUUGCAUAAUACUUGUAUCCACUCUGUAUUAGAUCUUCUCCAUCCAACUUACUUUCCCAUGCCCUCCUUCAGUCUUAACUGUUCACCAUUUGAAAAUUUAUUAUCAUCCCUCCUAGAAGGACUUAAUCUUCAAGCAGCAGACCACAAGCUACAGACUAUCCUUAGAAGCUUGGCCCACUUUAUCCUUUCAGUACCUUAUUCUUAUUACAAAUUUCUCCUAUAUAUAAUUUUAUCCACUCUCCUUCAUUCUUCUAAAGGUGUUAAAUAUAGUUGGUAAUGGGAUAGGUCCUAGUGCAAGCUGUCUAAAUUGCCUCUAUAAAAUUACAUAGAACGCCUGUUUCCUUGAGACAUUUCUAUAGAUUUAGAGAAUUGGGGUUCUCUACACAUAUAUGAAACAGUACAGUCUAACCUUGAAAGGCUAACAGUAAAUGAGUUACAUAGUCAGAAAUACAGUGCAUAGACUGGGGACCUGUCCCUACCAAUGCCUAGGCAUGUGACUCUUGCCAUGCAGCAGGUGACUCUUAAAUCAUCUUCCAAAACGGAGUUUCAAAGGUGAUAUUAGGGAGGUUCAUUUACACAGGAAGUUAACAGAGAGAAGUAAGAGUACCAUGGCCUCUGCUAAUGUAGCCCCAAACUUAGUUAUAAUCACUGUUGCAUGUCUAAGAAUAAGUCACCUGGUAUCAAGUGAAUUGAAGACUUGCUCAUGUUCCUUUGCAUCAAAUACAUAGUGAUGCAGGCAAGUACCAAAAAUUAUAUUACUAUUUUGUUAUAUUUCUUUGUAAGAGCAUCUUUAAAAGUCUCAGAUAAUGUAAAGCAAUGUGAUCUUGUCUCUAAUUUCAGAUCUCUGAAAGGUGUAGAUGUCCUUAAAUCACUCUCUGAUUCAGUCGAGGAACUGCCAUGAAACACUUCCUCGUGGGUGGCAAGCCAACUUCGGGGCAGCACCUGGGCCCUGUAGUACUGUAAUGCUCUCCCCAGGCCUGGGCCACACACCUAGAGUAGCAGAUUUGAUUGUGCUUUCAGUCGAGAAACAGUUUCCCAUCCUGUUGGAAAAGAUUCUGUUCUUUUAGAGCCUCUGUUAUCCACUCUUCUUUCCCUACCCUUCCACCUAACCAGUUAACUCUGCCAAAUAUUUCAGGUACAACCAUGACAACAAUGAAAGUUUACUUACUAAAUUAUGAUUAGCCUUUCUGGCUAUUCAUAUUCUUCAAGCAUGCAUUCUGCACAAUCCAAUCUCUGAAGAUGGUCCCCAACGCAAUUUCUGCAAACAAAUGUUUCUAAUAACCUCUUUCUUUUUCUUUUUAAAGAAACUGCCCAGCUCCAAACUUUCAUGACUCACCUAAGAGCCUUCUGACCAUUCAAAACUGUUAGGAUAGUGCCUAGAAAUUCCUCCCUUCUGCUGUAGCCCAAUCUAUGAUGGGAGCAGCUUCUUUUUUUCCCCAAAAACUGGCUUAGUCUUCCGCCCCUCAAGCUCAGCAUCCUAUAGAUUCAUUCCAACCUCUUCAGUUAUUGCUGCUCUUAAAGUAGUGAGUUCACUGCCUUCUUUUUCCCCAUUUCCUAACCUUUUUACCUAGCGAUGAUCUUACAAUGAAUGGUUUCAUUUUUAAGCCAGAGGAAGCAUUCCUCAGACUUUUAAAAAUCAUUCAGGUACAAGUCACAAGAUGCAGUGUAAAGGAAAUUUAUGAUCAAAAUAUUAUCUCCUGUAACAGUUCAGAAGGAAGAUAGUUUCGGGUUGCUUUUUUCUUUCUUUCUUUUUUUUUUCCAGCUUUAAUUGAGUUUAUUGGUACAUUUUAGG